GCUACAGCAAAUACAACACAAUUGGUUUUAUUAGGUCUUCUCUGGCUCAAGUUUAGGGCACAAAGAAUUCAUCUGAAACCCCGAGCUCUACACACACGGCCAUGGCUUUAAACACCGGAUUGAGAUCUGGCAUGAAAUUGCUCACUUCUUCUGAAUCACUCCUCUCAAAAUCAGUUAACCGCGGAUUCCACUCUACUGGAGUGAAAAAGAUGGGUGGACAUGCACACGGGGAUGACGCCGAGUACUACCUUCAUGCCAAACACAUGUAUAACUUGGAUAGGAUGAAGCAUCAGAAACUGAAGAUGAGUUCUUUUGUGUUUGCUUGCUUUGCCGUUGGUGUGGCCGUUCCAGUUUACGCUGUCAUUUUCCAACAAAAGAAGACUGCUUCCGGCUGAGGAAAAGGUCUCUUCUAGUUGUCUUGCAAAUAAGAAACAUGGUUUUAGGCUGUUCAGGCCUUCUUUUUUUUGAAACUGAGUUCAGGCGUUAAUAAUACUAUACUUGCUCAAAACAUUAUUUUCUUAAAGGCUAAUCUGAUAAUUUAAUCGUGUAAUGGCGGAUAUUAGCCUGACAAUGUUUUUUUCCAGUGUUACCUCUUUUGCUUAGCUUUCACCUCCUGAUUGUUUGAUAGACAUUUAUGUAAAGAUAUUUACUGGGGGAGAAGACGUAACAGUUCGAAAUAUAUGAAUCAUCCAUCAAUUGUG